AUGAGUUCUGAACUACAGAGGAAACAUCAGGAUAUGGAUCCAACUGCAAUCAUUGAACAUCUUAUGAAGAUGUUUGCUACACAAAGCAUGACAGCUAGAUACCAACUAUCUAAGGCUUUAUUUGGAUCCAAAUUGAUAGUAAACUCUCUAGUUGGACCCUAUGUCAAUCAUAUGAUUGAUCUUAUUGAAGAACUUGAGAAGUUGGGGUGCAAACUGGGUAAAGAGCUUUCUGAAGAUUUGAUCUUGCAAUCACUAUCAGAAUCCUUUUCACAAUUUGUUAUUAAUUUCAAUAUGAAUAAAAUGGAUUGUGAUUUUCAUGAGAUGUUUAACAUGUUGAUUGAUUAUGAGAAUCAACUUGCAUCUGAGAAGAAGAAAGGAACUGUCAUGUUGGUUGGAAACUCUUCUAAGUAG